AUGACCACGACCAUCACGAGCACCUCCUUCUCCGACCUCCCCCUCCUGAACAGGGGCAAGGUCCGCGAUCUCUAUGCCGUACCAGGUCAUGAUGACCAGCUACUCAUGGUUGUCACAGAUCGAAUAUCUGCUUUCGAUGUCGUUCUGCAUGCUGGUAUCCCGGGCAAGGGACAGCUGCUUACUAGCUUGUCACUCGAAUGGUUUCGAUUGACUGAGCAUAUCAUUCCGAACCACUUGAUUACCGCCGAUGUCGAUUCUAUGCCUGAGUCGAUCAAGAAACAUGCUGAUGUGCUUCGCGGACGUGCGAUUUUGGUCAAGAAAGCGCAAGUUGUACCCAUAGAGGCUAUCGUGAGAGGAUACCUUUCUGGCUCCGCUUGGAAGGAAUAUAAAGUGAAAGGCUCAAUUCAUGGGAUCGAAUUGCCAAAGGGACUCGUAAAGUCAGACAAGCUUCCCCAAGUCCUGUUCACACCUUCCACAAAAGCCGAGAUAGGACAACACGAUAUGAACAUCCACCCCGACGAAGCGGCCAAGCUGAUCGGAGCAGAGCUCUGCGCGCUCAUUUCCGACAAGGCGGUGGAAAUCUACAACUACGCGUCAAAGCACGCCUCUCAGCGUGGGCUCAUCCUCGCUGACACGAAGUUUGAGUUCGGCCUCCUGCCUGAGACGCGUUCAGCACAACCGCUGAAGGAGAGGCUCAUCUUAGUAGAUGAAGUGUUAACCCCGGACUCGUCAAGGUUUUGGGAGGCGAAGUUGUAUCAGCCAGGCCAAGCGCAGACAUCCUUUGAUAAACAAUACCUUCGUGAUUUCCUGUUACAGCGGGAGAAGGAAGGCAUCCCUUACGAAACUCCCGUUCCAGAGAACGUGAUCGAGGGUAUCAGGGCGAAGUACGCAGAGGCGUUACAGCGUCUUACUGGGCCUCCGACAGAGGCAUGAUCGUAGGGCAGGGAACUAGACUAGGAUAAGAAAGAAGCACCGACAGGAAUGUGAAACGCAACGUGAAAAGUGGAAUCGA